AUGUCACAGACUUAUAGAUAUGUUUGUCUUGUCUGUUUCUGUGGACUGAUUCGUCACAGACUUAAAUAUGUUUUUGUUUGUUGGUUCGUCUUGUCUUUUUGCCUCAUCACAGACUUACAGAUAUGUUUGUUUUGUCUGUUUCUAUUGACCAGUUCAUCAGACGUAAAUGUGUUUUUGUUUGUCUUAUCUGUUUCUGAGGAUCAGCUUGUCACAUACUCACACAAGUUUGUUUUGUCUGUUUUGGAGGAUCAGCUUCUCACAGUGUCACACAUGUUUGUCUUGUGUUUUUUGUGUGGACCAACUUGUCAAAGACUCACACACAUUUGUCUUAUGUGUUUGUUUUGUAGACCAGCUCGUCACAGACUCUCACACAUUUGUUUUGUAGACCAGCUUGUCACAGACUCACAAAUGUUUGUCUUGUGUGUUUUUGUAGACCAGCUUGUCACCGACUCUCACAUGUUUGUUUUGUAG